GAAUUCAAAAUUAAAGUCUCAAUAAAGCGCUUAACGUAUACACAGAUAUAGUCAGUCAUAGACAGAGAGAGUGUAAUAGCAUUGAUAGGCAUUGACUGCUGAAUAACACCACAACUGUUGUCUUCACAGACCAUCAUCGCUGGCCAUCCAUCCAUCCAUCGGAAACAAACUGUUGUAAUCACAUCCAAACACACACAUUGAUCACUACUACCAUCACUAUUACCAUCACCGCUAGCGAAGAUGAUGAUGGAAGACUUUGAAAAGAUCGAGAAGAUAGGCGAAGGCACCUAUGGUGUGGUAUAUAAGGCCCGAAACAAAAAGACCAACCAAUUGGCUGCACUGAAGAAGAUACGUCUGGAAAAUGAAGACGAAGGCGUGCCGUCGACAGCCAUCCGUGAGAUUACUUUACUUAAAGAGCUGAUGCAUCCAAAUGUUGUUCGUCUAGAGGACGUCAUAAUGCAAGAAAACAAACUCUAUCUGGUGUUCGAGUUUUUGUCGAUGGAUCUCAAGAAGUACUUGGAUUCGCUGCCAACCAAUCAACUGGUGGACGAAAAGCUGGUCAAAAGCUAUUUGUAUCAAAUACUUGAGGCGAUGGUCUUCUGUCACUCGCGACGAGUCAUUCACAGAGAUCUGAAGCCACAGAAUCUGUUGCUCGAUUCGAAAGGUACGAUCAAAUUGGCCGACUUUGGUCUGGCCCGUGCCUUUGGCAUACCCGUACGUGUCUAUACGCACGAAGUGGUUACACUAUGGUAUCGGGCACCGGAGGUAUUACUUGGCGGCCAACGAUAUUCAACACCUGUGGAUAUCUGGAGUAUUGGUUGUAUAUUUGCCGAAAUGGCCAACAAAAACCCACUGUUUCACGGCGACAGCGAAAUCGAUCAAUUGUUUCGCAUAUUUCGGACAAUGGGUACGCCCAAUGAGGAAACCUGGCCGGGAGUGACCACAUUGCCCGACUAUAAGCCAACAUUUCCGUUCUGGAAGGACAAUAUCGUACCGUCAUUGUUGCCCAAUACACAACAGUCGGGCAUUGAAUUACUUCAGUCAAUGUUGAUCUAUGAUCCGCACCGGCGGGUGUCGGCCAAAGCAUCGCUACUGCAUCCGUAUUUCAACGACCUGGACAAGUCUAUACUGCCGUCGGCAUCGUUGGUCAAUUAUAAUUUAUUUUAAUAACCACCUAUUUAUCUAUCUCUACUAUAUAUAAGCUAACCGGUACUUCCAACAGUGUGUGUAUGUGUGUGUAUAUACAAUAUAUAUAAUACGGUAAUACAUAUAUCCAUAAUAUUAUUAUUAUUAUUAUUAUCGAAACAUUUAUUUUGGUCACAUUUUUAUAACAUAUUGCGCGAAACAUAUCAGUAUUAUAAUUAGAGGCAAUAUUAUUAUCACACAAUUUUAUCACUC